AUGUCGUUCACCUCGGCCGUGUCCUCCGCGGUCGCGUCCCCCGCGGCGGGGCUCGCGAUCCGAGCGAUCCGGCGCGAAAAAUCAACCGCGACCGUCGCGCGCCGCGAUGACCGACCCGCGCGUCGCGUCGUGUCGCGCCCGCGUCUCGGCGAGCGCCUCUCCACCCGCCGCCGCGACCUCGUCGUCCCCGGCUCCUACGCCGCGGGCGCCCCGUCGUCCCGCGGUGACCCCGACGAGAACCCCUUCGACGCCAUGGACUUCGCCGAGUGGUUCAAGACGUUGAAGAAGGCGCCGUGGGACGAGGCGCCCAAGGCCUGGAAGGAGUUCUGGGCCGUCCGCACGCAGGCCGCGGUCAUCGAGAUGGACGUCGAGAAGGAGACCGUGGACGCCAAGGAGGUCGAGGGCAUCGGGUUGAACCCGCCCAAGGACAAGGCGGAGGCGAUCGAGCGGAUCAAGACCAACGCGGUGUACUACCGGCAAAACUAUCUCGUCGCCACGUGGGCGUACGCGCUCGUCAACUGCGUGAUGCCCCGGCACUUCGGCGCCAACCCCGGCGCGGUGGUGUUCCUUCUCGCCGCCGCCGGCGCGGUGCUGUGCGCCUCAGACGUUCUCCUCGGGGAGUUUUCCCUGUGGCUAAAGAGCGGCGGGCGGGACUUUGCUUGGAACGCGUCGAGGGUGGCGGGCGUCGACAGAUCGACGCUGAGGGGAGGGCUCGGCGCGGCGGCGGGGCUCGGACUGUGCGCCGCGGUGCUCGCGGAGGGAUCCGUGGCGCACCUCGCGGGUUCGCUCGCGUGGGGCGUCGCGCUGUCGCUUGCGCACGCGGCGUUCAGGCCCAUCGACCUCAAGAGCACCAUCAGCAACCUGUGGAAGGACGUGAAGGGGGUGCAGACGAAGGAGGAGGCGGCGGAGGUUGCCAAGAAGGGGGUGAAGGCGGUGCAGUCGUGGUGGAAGAACAGGCGGCCGAACGAGCCCACGCCGGUGGUGAUGACGAUGAAGGGGGAUCCGAACAAGGCUGCGCAGCAGUACUACGAGCAGCAGCAGCGGCAACAGAAGAAGGAUGACGACGACGUGGUGGACACCGACGGCUGGGCGCAGAGCGACUUCAAGGGCCGGCUUCCCGGCGGCAAGAAGUGA